AUGAGGCUCGCCAUGAGACCUCCGAAAAUCCCUCCUGUUUCAGCCGCGACCUCCAGCACCCAUGUCCUCAAACCGAAGUGCAUAACCUUCACCCAUGAACCGACCAAACCCAACAACACCUUGUCUGUGUCCGAGGUGGUAAAAAACUUGGAGAAAUUAAUAAAUCCCGAUGACCAAACUGACCUCUCAUCCUCUGCGUCAUCUCCAUCAUCUUCUUCGUCUCCGUCUUCUUCUUCGUCAUCUCGGUUUGAGGUCAGACAAGAGAAGGUUCGAGAAAGGUGGAUGGAGUAUCAAGGAUACAGCGACUGGGAAGGGAUGCUGGAUCCACUGGACGAGAAUCUACGAGCCGAGAUUCUCCGGUAUGGCCAUUUCGUAGAGGCCGCAUAUAAAUCCUUCGAGUUCGACCCUUCUUCAUCUUCCUAUGCGACUUGUAAAUACCCAAAGAACAGGCUUUUCGAUGGCUGUGGGUUUCCUAGUACUCGUUACAAGGUUACUAAACACCUGCGUGCAACCUCGGGAAUUCAGCUACCUCGUUGGCUCGAAAAAGCACCAAACUGGGUAGCUACUCAGUCCAGCUAUAUCGGCUAUGUAGCAGUCUGUGACAACAAGGAAGAGAUAAAACGACUUGGUCGGCGUGACGUGGUUAUAGCUUACAGGGGAACAACGACAUGUUUGGAAUGGCUCGAGAAUUUGCGAGCCAACCUCACCGACCUUCCUUGCAAUAGUGGGAUCGAUGGAACUGGAGCCAUGGUUGAAAGUGGGUUCCUGAGUUUAUACACUUCUUCUACACCGUCCAGCUUGAGUCUGCAACAGAUGGUUCGUGAGGAGAUUCGUCGGAUUCUCCAAACUUACGGCGACGAGCCGUUAAGCUUAACCAUCACCGGACAUAGCCUCGGGGCGGCGCUGGCAACCCUCACGGCGUACGACAUACAGACGACGUUCAACCGGUCGCCGAUGGUGACGGUGAUAUCGUUCGGAGGGCCGAGGGUGGGUGACCGGAGUUUUAGAGAGAAGUUAGAGAGACAAGGGACGAAGGUUUUACGUAUAGUGAACUCAGACGACGUGAUCACGAAGGUGCCAGGAUUUGUAUUUGAUCAAGGAGAGCGAGAGGGAAAUAUUUGUGCUGACGUGGCGGCCGAUGGGAACGUCAACGUGGUGGGACUCCCGAGCUGGAUACAGAAGCGGGCGGAGGAUGCACAGUGGGUGUACGCGGAGGUCGGGAAGGAGCUCCGGUUAAGUAGCAGGGAUUCUCCGUACCUAAGAGGUUUUAACGUUGCCACGUGUCACGAUCUCGACACCUAUCUCCAUCUCGUCGACGGUUUCGUCAGCUCUAGGUGUCCCUUCCGAGCCACAGCAAAGAGGUUCCUCCGCCGGUGA